UACUCUGAUUAAGCGUCGAGUUUAAAUGAAUAUCUUGUACAAUACGGUUUAAAAUUAUACAUUUAAAUUUAAAGUGAAAUAAAUUAAAGUAAUGAACAUGUUGCAGUCAGAGUCAGAAGGAAAGAUGUAUAAAUUAAUGCGGACUGUGUUUGGUGUGUUUACACACUUCCUGUGUUUCGGAUUUACUGUGUUUAUAACGGUAAUCUCUCAACCAGGAUCCAGUUUGUUCUCGUGGCACCCGUUCCUGAUGACCCUGGCGUUCUCGUUUCUGAUGAGCGAGGCGAUCCUGCUCUUCUCUCCACACUCCUCGCCCGUGUCUAAACUGAAGCACCAGACCAAAUCCCGUCUCCACUGGGUCCUGCAGGCCUCCUGCGCCUGCUGCGCCGUCGUCGGCCUCGGCGCCAUCUUCUACAACAAGCGGCUGAACGGCAAGCCGCACUUCUCCACCUGGCACGGCUCGAUCGGCGUCGUGGCGGUGUUCGGCGUGGCCGUGCAGUCGGUGGGGGCGCUGCCUCUGCUCUACCACAAGCUGGCUAAAGGCUGGUCGCUGGCCAAACUCAAACGCUACCACGCCGCCUCCGGACUCGUGGUGUACCUCAUGGGGAGUGCCAGUCUGCUUCUGGGCGCCUGUUCCGCCUGGUACACGGGGAUCGUCGGCGGUUACGCGUGGUACCUCACGGCGCUGUGCCCGACGAUCGCCGCUCUCGUGAUCAUGAGUCAGGUCACCGAUGCCUACAUGGCCAAGAAACGGCUGCAGUCUUAAAGAACGGCUGAUAGCAUGAGCAUGCCAACGUUCACAUUCCAUAGCAGUAUCAUCAGGAAACAAGAGCGCAGUGCUUUCAAUGCAAAACAUUGCCAUCUGAGGGCAUCACAGACUCACUCACUUACAUUGAGCGGCAAUUUAAAGUCAUUCCUCCACCUACAGAUACGUUUUUGGGAGAACUGAGGAUCAAACUCAGGACCAUCAGUGCCACACCAACACUACAUGCUGCAUCACCAUGCCACCCUGUUUUGUUUUUUAUCUCAUAAUAAAGGGGUUAAAUCUCAGGUUCAAGAUGCACAAGGUAGAACUUCAGUACAAUCCUAUCACCACGUUAUUCAAUGUCAGCCAUAUAGCAGCUGAGUCUGCCAUGUUUUUAUUUGUUGAUCAAUUCCCCCAAUCCAGUUGUGGUCAAUUGGAACUCAUCCCUCUCUUUGUCGUCGAUGCCGCCACCCCCAUUUCUGAUCGAGAAGGGCGAAAGUGGCCUUCUGCGAUCGCUUCUUUUCACCUGUGAGGGGCGGGGCCUCACGAAGCGCUGUGUCCGUGACCAUCAGUGACCUUCAGUGUUUAUUUCGCUGUAUUGAGAAGGCAGCAAACAGGGGACCAGACUGUAACCCACCUACACACACUGAGGGCGUUCCGAUGCAGGCCACUGGAGUUCCUUCACAUCUAAGCUGUCACUAUGCAGUGUCGGAAGCAUGACGUUUAUUUUACCUGUUGGUGUCCAUAUACUUUUGGCAGAAAAAAAUAGAAAACAAAUAAUGAAACGAGAGGUUCAGUUA